CAACAGUGUAUGAAGAUACAGCGGGAACGAUGUACUGUCCAUUCUGUGGAUCUGUGCUUACAGCUUCCCCUGCCUUUUGCUGUGCAUGUGGCAAAAACAUAACUUUUUUAAAGCAUGUCAAAGAAGACACGCCUGCCACUCAUGCACAAGUUGAUGUUGCACAACCUAGCACCAGUGCAGAGGGAAACUCAAGCAUAGAGACAUUUUUGAAGUUUAGGGCAGUUAAAGAAAGGGAGAGAAAGUCUUUCUUUUCAAAGAAACGUCAGGCCUCUCAGAGUGAAAAGAAACAGAAACCAGUGAAGAUUUAUGUUGGAGUUAUGAGGCUGACAGGUGACUCCCUAAAACCUGUAAGAGGGAAGUCACUCCCUCUUGACAUUCAGCCUCACUGGACAUCAGAGCAGCUAUUGGCUUCUGCUGUUAAAAAACAAAUAGAUUUUAACCAGGACAUGCAGGAUGUUGUCCAUGUUUUGUUGUACCCUGAUGGCAGACAAGUGAUAAACAUCCCAGGAACAGAUGACCCUUUCACUGUCCAGAAGUACAAGGAGGCAUUAGGGAAGGCCUACCAGAAGAUAACACUAUACAUUUGCACUGCAGAGGAUUUUGAAACCAGUUGUGGACAGUCUUCUAGUGAAGAUGACAGUGUCGUCCAUGUGAACGUGCCAUCUGUGGAAAGUGAUCUCUCUGACACUAUGGUCUGGGACAUUCCAGAUAGUGUGAGCACACCAAGAAUGGAGAAAGUUUUGCAGGGACCCUCCAAAUGCCAACAACCAGAAUCUCAUCAAGUAAGUUAAAAAAAAAAAAAGAUUAUACCCAAUAGUAUUGAUUGAUUGAUUUAUGAUGUGCAUUAGUUCUAAGCAGGUAACAAUUCUGAGUAAUUAACUGAUUAACUUAAAAAAAAUAAUAUUUUUAAUUAGGAUGGACAGCAACCAACUGCCCAGGAACAGAAUCUGAAUACCUGUUACAGGUAAGCUGGUGGACAGUUAGUGUGUGUAAAUAU